CAUGUGUACUUAUUGGCGAAGCACAAUUCAUAAGAAACCAAAAGUGUAAACACGAGUUAAAUUGGCUCCAGUUCAAUUAAAAUCUGAUAUGUUGAAGAAAAAAUCAGAUCUUGUUUCUAAACGCCCGAAAGAAAAGGUCGUAUGCAUCUACGAACUUUUACUGAAUGGCGAGAAAAUUGACGAAAAUCCUGGUUUUUGGGAGAACUUCUUUUUGUUGCAACCUAAUUGCGAGUUUUUGGAGCAAAAACUACAAAAAAUGGAGUAUUCAGAGUUAUCUGCUAUAGAGACUAACUUGUUGUUAUUGUUCAAAAACUGUGUAGUGGCUCUCGAUUCCGACAACGUAAAAAGAAUAAAUAACUCAAUAGUGACAAUUAGUAUAUUAGUUCUGGUCAUGUUUAAAAAAAGGAAUACUGAACCAAAUCAUACAUUUUUAAUUGCCUGUGAAAACGAUGUUGAAUAUGGCAUAAGGAAAAUAAUCGAAAAAAUCAAAGUAUUACUAGUGAAUGACAACUACGAUACUACAAGAUAUUAUUGCAUAAAAUUGCUUUUCAUCGUGAUCACCGGCAGAAACAAUUUGAGCCAAAAUAUUCUUCUCGAAUAUGGUAUGGUUGAUAAUUUGUUCGAUCCUCUCAUAAAAAUAUUGAGUGAUCCUUCCUCAAGACAGGAACACGGACAUGAUAUUGUAACAUUGAUUACGCUUCUGAUCAACUAUAGGAAAGAUGAAGGAUCUAAUCCGUAUAUUGUGAAAUUAUCACUUCUCGACGAUGAGUUGGCGUUGAAUGGAUACCGUAUUAUUGUGCAGUAAAAGGAUGUGGAAACAAGGUUCUCAUAACGAAAAAUAACCCGGACAUUGUUUACCACACUUUUCUCCGAGAUGGAGAUAAAAAUCAAGGUAUAUGCUCACGUCAUUUCCAUAGCAGCAGCUACGAUGACCGACAUCAAAUGCGCCAUGAACUUAAUGGUACGAGAAAAUAUAGGAUGUUGAAUUCCAAAGU